GUUUCCGGAAGGAAUUCCUUGACAUUUACGAAAACAUUCUUGCCGGUGGUCUAUAAUAAUUGUUCAUUGUUACAGACAAAACAACAAAGUUUUAUUAAUUGACAGUUUUGGUAAAUGGAAGAUUUAUGUGAUGAUUUAUUAAUCUGAGAGCCACCAAAAAACCCUCAAUCUAUUCUUGAAAAAUGUCUGCUGGCAGAACAGUUUUAUCCAAUAAUGUGUCUAAGGACCGAGUUGUUUCGAAAUUUCAACAGGCCUAUCAUGCAGAUGCUACACCAUACCAGAAGAUGAACUUUCAUCCAAAAGUUAAAAGUGCUUGCUCUGAAAAUAGAACAGGAACUGUUGGAUUAAAAAUAUCUAAAGCUGUUAUUGUUGGAGAUGUAUCUGUGGGCAAGACAUGUUUUGUUAAUAGAUUUUGUCAUGAUGUAUUUGAUAGAGAUUAUAAAGCUACCAUUGGAGUAGAUUUUGAAGUUGAAAAGUUUAGUAUUUUGUCUACAAACUUUACUUUUCAAAUAUGGGAUACUGCUGGUCAGGAACGAUUUAAAUGUAUAGCUGCAUCUUAUUAUAGAGGUGCCAAUGUUGUGAUAGUUGCUUUUGAUUUAACCGAAGAAGAUUCAUUAAAUAAUGUUGACAGAUGGAUGGAGGAUGCAUCCGAAAAUGCUAGUGAACCAAUUAAAUUUUUGAUAGGGAAUAAAAGAGAUUUACUGUCUGAUGCAGCAUAUGAAGAUAUAGAAUCUCGAGCUGUUGAUGCAGCUAAUAGACUUGGUGCUGAAUAUUGGGCUGUAUCUGCUAAGACAGGUGAAAAUGUAAGAGAGUUUUUCUUCCGAGCAGUUUCAUUAACAUUUGAUUCUCAAAUGUUAAAAGAAUUAGAAUCCACAAGAACUGUUUCUUCUAAACAAAUUGGCAAUGAUUUAAUUAGUUUACAAAAACAGAAUACAAAUUUAUAUGAAGCUCAGAAAAAAAAGAAAUUAAAAUGUUGUGAUACAUCAUGAUGACAAAGUUUCCAUGUUGCUAUUGAGUUAUAUAUAUUACAGAAAAUAGGAUAUAAAUACAAACUUUGGUUUGGAGUUGUAUUUAAUUAAGUCAGCAUUGUAUUUUAAAACUGACAUAUCAUGUGGUGCCAGUUAAUACUGAUAGGAUUGUACAUUCUAUUAGUGUAAUAUUCUAAUCAAAAUACAAAUAAAAUUUCUCUAUAUCACAUACAACAUUAUCUAGCUCUAGAUUUGUUUAGUAACACAAUCUUGUAAGUAUUAUGAAAUCUGUACUUCCUAAGAUAAGGGUAGUGAUCAACCCUUUCUAUAUAUGCAGCUCCAAUUGAGAAGGAGCAGACCAGAGAAGUUUUUUCUAUUUCAUGUAAUAGAAUAUUUUUAUGCAGAUUUUUAAUUCAUUAUAGUUGGAGGUACAUGUUAUUUGCUCUUUCUUAAAUCUUUCUCAAAAUGUAUAAUGGAGAAUAUACAGUAAAACUGGUCACAAAGAUGAUAUCUAUCCUAAUCUUUUGCUUUAAGCUUCUACAUUACUUUUUCAAGAAAACUUUUAGUACCAUAAUUUUGUUAAAUUGAAACAAGCAAAAGAUUUAUUGGCCUACAGCAGAACAUCAUAUAGAUAUCUAUAAUGUCCAACCUUCAUUAAACAUACAUUAUGCAAGAGCUAAAUCUGACUAUUGCAGAUCUUUCUUUAGGCCUGAAAUGUUAUCUAAAUUAUUAAUUAGACAUUAAUUAACUUAUCCAGACCAUAAUCAACUCUCAAUGCCAUGACUAGCCUUCGAUAUUUACUGGAUUUGAAAACAUUUUGUGAUGGAUGAUUUAAGGUCAAAAUGGAUAAUUGAGACAUUGUUUUUUAUUGUACCGACUUUAAUAAUGAUGAUCGAGGCUAGGCCUAAAAUUCAGAGUGGAGCAAUUUGACUGACAUUUUCAGCAUAUUCUCUUUACGUUAUCAAUUUUUUAACUAUUAUAGCAAAAAAUAUCAGCUCUUUAUCUAAUCUUACAUAAUGCCACUUUAACCCACUGGUUUGUGCAGAAAAGCAGGAUGUUAAACCAUAUUUCAUUCAUUCAUCAUCCAUAAUGUACUCAUAGAUUGCACGAAGUUAUUAGCGUAGAGCAUAAUCCAGCCAAAUAUCUGUUUUGUUUUUCUUGUUAGUUUAUUUGUUAUCUUGAAAUGAAUUUUUAUCCUGCAUAAUAUUGUGUAGAUUUGUUUUAAUCCAUCCAAAUAUAUCGGUAGAUAUAUAUUUAGCUAAAAUUUUGAUAAUGGUUGUAUUCAAGACAGGGUCUGCUUAUUCUUUUCUUGAAACAUACAUUAUAGCAGAUUUUCAUGUUUUUUCAGAAGUUCACAUAUAUUAUAUUAUAAAAUAUUUUGUUGUAUAUUUUUUUGCAUUGAUUAAUAUGCUGUUGAAUAUAUAAAUUUUAUAUAAUCUUUAUAAUCCCAUAAUUGUACUAAUGACAUACCCUCUUAUCUAGCUUCUUCUACAGUUAUUUAUAUUAUGCUAUAGAUAAGCAUUUGGGUCAAAUCCAUGUUUGAGAUUUUCCUAAGAAAAGACAAAACAUUAUAAAAGUCAAAAGUCUAUUUCUUUUCGCAAUAGGAUACAAGAUAAAAGAAUUCAAAAAUUGUUAGAAUUUAUUACCUAUAUCAAAUUAUUUUUAUUAUAUAGUAAGUGAAGUGUUUAAUAUUUACUGGCAUAUUUAUAUGCUAAAAUUAUCCGCCCAUUUUAUAUCAGAUAUAAUUUCAUAAACUCAAUGUGUUCAUUAUUUUGAUUUUUAUAAAU